GCGGUUGUCCAGCUCUAAAAUUGCUAGGGUCAUGCUGGGUGACACUGGGAGGAAGGGAGGAACUUGGUAGGUACUUGUAGAGCGCAGCAGCAGGAGGAGCCAUCCAAUUAGCUGCAAAACGGCAGGGUUAAAUAGCACGCAGCUCCCUCCUAGGCUCGCAAUGCAGGCGCUCCACAACCGCUCCAUUGCAUCCCACGCCGCCCAUCAGAAGCCGUAUGCAACCUGGAAGUCCGCAGAGACCGUAGGAUGCAUCAAUCCUAGCCUGUCAAUUCGUAAGAUCGUAAGCGCAUCCCGCAAAUCCCAUCAUCAGAGCCCCUGUUCCGUCGGACUUAGAACAACUGGUUACUCAGCCGUCUGCUCUCACAGGAGCAAUCACCGCCUUGCCUUAAAAGGGAGACAUUACAGGAGAAGACACCCGUUUGUGAUCAGAGACCUUGACUUCCCUCCACCUCCCAAGCCUGUGGUUCAGACCAUUCGCUACAUUGGGAAGAGGAUGUCAGGCAACCGAGUACACGACUUUGCUUCGAGUCCCCGGUCAGUCCUGCACGAGGACAUUGAGAAGGGACCUAAGGAUGUGGUGACAGGAAGGAGGAUCAAGAAGAGCUAUAGGACCCCCAAAACUGCAACAGACCCUGAGGAAAUUCAAGUCACUGGAGACUUUGUGGAUGAGACUGGCCAUGAACUGGCCAACGGAUGGGUGCUGGGAAAGAAACUGGGCCAAGGGAUGCAGGGCUCCAUCUACUUGCUCAAAGACAAAGAAGGAAAUGAUGCAGGCCGGGUCUUCAAGGAGGUAAACAACAAGAAGGCCGGUAAGGCGACUGGGAAUCUGGUGGGACUGGAGCGCGAGUGGGCCAUUGGGCGGAAGCUCAACCUGCUGGACGAAGAUGACGGUUUCCUGGAGGGGUUCAUGCAGACGGGGUCGAAAGUGCUUGACAAGGACGGGUCCUUUAUGGGGAUGGUGCUGGAGAAGCUGAACGGGGGAGACGUCCUGAAGCGCCUUGAGGACACCAAGUUCAAUGACGUGGACUACAUUCUGGCCAUGGUCAUGCAGGUCCUCAGAGCUUUGAACCGCGCGCACCACGCCAUUGGUUUCCGGCACGGCGACAUGCGCAUCCACAACGUGAUGGAGCACUUCGUCACAAUGGAAAGCAACAAGGGCGACGAGCCUGCUGGGCCAGACAACUUCGGAGAAAGAGUCGACCUGCGUGGGCUGCACUUCAAGAUCAUCGACUACGGGCACGCAGUUGCGGAGCACGAGAAGGCGACGGACCACGACAAGAGGCACAAAGCGCAGAGGUUCCACAUGCCAAAAAUACCGACGUUCAGCCUUGAGAAAGUCUACCGCUGGGUGUUCCGUGAGAAAGGCGACGUGUGGCGCUUCAUGCGCUCGAUCGGACAAGCCUGUGAGGGGCGGGUGUGGCGCAAGCAGGACGCGUUGAAGGUCAAGCUACUGCUACGGCUCAUCUCCAAGACCACAGGUUACCACCACAGUGUGCAGUUCGCAGACUCGAAAGAGUCGGGCGAGCAGAAGAAGAGCCUCAUCGAGAAGCUGUUGUCCGUGGGCAGCCGCCUCUUCUUCUUCAAGUGGCUCAACAUCAUGUUGCGCGCGUACAUCUUCCCCGGCCACCCGACCAUGAGCGCGGCGGAAGCCCUGCAGUACAUGCAAGAGCAGCGCGACAAGAUCGGCCUCUCGGAGCGGGAGUUCCCGUGCGGCACUCUGGCGUGGGGUGCGAACCAGAUUGGCUAAGCAACUUAGGACGACCCAGCAGAGCAUGUUGCUUGAGUUGCGAAAGGGUUAGUUUGAUCAUAGGGCAAAGAGUUAGCUCAGUCCACUUUAGGAUCGUAUAAAUUGUUGACAUUUGGAUCUCCCGAGCACGAAGCAUUGCACGCGUAAUAAACUUGGUAACAAUUUGUAGAGCAUACGCACACCCCUGGCGUGUACUCAGCUACAUAAAGGUUGCCUCCUUGUAAAAGGGGCCGAGGAAAGCGCAGGGUAGAAUCAUUUGACACAAAUGUCGGAAGCAUUAGUGCUUAGGUCGUAGGAGGAUCUGUAGAUGUUCAGUCUAUCGUAGCAUAUCGGACAUUCGUCCAGUACUAGUUGUACGUUGCUUUGUCAUAAAUGGUGCAGAUUGUGCAUUCAGCGCCGCU